AUGGAGAGAGUGGUGCUCACACGCUCAUUCUCCUCAUCUCCUUCCUCUGCACUCGUCUCCGCCAGAUUCUUCUCCCGCUCACUCCACCGCCUUGCUCGGAUUCCCAAGCGCCACCGUCUGGUCCCGAACGGCCACCGCCGCUCCCUACUCCGGCGGCACCUUGGCUUCAUCUCUCCAGCCUCUAGACAGGCUCUUCAGCUUGAAAGACACUUUUGCCCUCUUUCGGUCCGCGCGGUCUCCACUUCCCCUGCUCAGUCCUCGCAUGCGGACGAUGAUGUUGCGGAGAAGCUCGGGUUCGAGAAGGUGUCAGAGGAAUUUAUCACGGAGUGUAAUUCUAGAGCGGUUCUGUAUAAGCACAGGAAGACUGGUUCCGAGAUUAUGUCGGUGUCCAAUGACGAUGAGAACAAAGUAUUUGGCAUUGUUUUCAGGACUCCGCCAAAAGACUCAACAGGAAUUCCUCAUAUAUUGGAACACAGUGUGUUAUGUGGUUCGCGAAAAUAUCCUUUGAAAGAGCCAUUUGUUGAGCUGUUGAAGGGGAGCUUGCAUACAUUUCUGAAUGCAUUCACAUAUCCUGAUAGGACUUGCUAUCCUGUUGCCUCCACCAAUGCCAAGGAUUUCUAUAACUUGGUUGAUGUGUACUUAGAUGCUGUCUUUUUCCCCAAGUGUGUGGAAGACAUUAAAACCUUUCAACAGGAAGGUUGGCAUUAUGAACUGAACGACCCCUCAGAAGACAUAAUUUAUAAAGGUGUUGUUUUCAAUGAGAUGAAAGGUGUUUAUUCUCAGCCUGACAGCAUCCUUGGCCGAGCUUCCCAACAGGCUCUUUUUCCUGAUAACACUUAUGGUGUUGAUAGUGGUGGUGAUCCGCAAGUAAUUCCUAAACUAACUUUCAAGGAAUUCCAGGAGUUCCACCGCAGAUAUUAUCAUCCGAGCAACGCUAGAAUAUGGUUUUAUGGAGAUGAUGAUCCAAGUGAAAGGCUACGAAUUUUAAGUGAAUAUCUAGAUAAGUUCGAAGCUAGUUCAGCUUCUGAGGAAUCAAGAGUCCAUCAUCAGAAAUUAUUUUCGGAACCAAUCAGGAUUGUCGAAAGAUAUCCUGCUGCUGAAGGGGAGGACCUGAAAAAGAAGCACAUGGUGUGCCUUAAUUGGCUCCUCUCUGAGACACCGCUUGACUCAGAGACUGAGCUGGCCCUAGGCUUUCUGGAUCAUUUGUUGAUGGGAACUCCUGCUUCUCCUUUGAGAAAAGUUCUUCUAGAGAGCCGCCUGGGAGAUGCUAUUGUUGGUGGUGGGGUUGAAAGUGAACUCCUUCAGCCUCAGUUUAGUAUCGGAUUAAAAGGUGUAUCCGAUGAUGACAUUAAUAAAGUAGAAGAAUUAAUCAUGACCACAUUUAAGAAAUUGGCUAAAGAAGGCUUCGAUUCUGAUGCUGUGGAGGCAUCAAUGAAUACGAUUGAAUUUUCUCUCAGAGAAAACAACACCGGUUCAUUUCCUCGUGGAUUAGCACUUAUGCUUAACUCAAUUGGGAAGUGGAUAUAUGAUAAGGAUCCUUUCGAACCAUUGAAAUAUCAAGAACCUCUAAAGGCUUUGAAAGGCAGAAUAGCUAAAGAAGGCUCAAAAUCAGUCUUUGCUCCCUUAAUAGAAAAAUUCAUUUUGAACAACCCACACUGUGCGACUAUAGAAAUGCAGCCUGAUCCAGAUAAGGCUUCCCGUGAUGAAGCAACUGAGAAAGAAAAUUUGGAAAAGGUCAAAGCUAGUUUGACCCAGGAGGAUCUGGCUGAGUUGGCCCGUGCAACACAUGAACUCAAGUUGAAACAGGAGACUCCUGAUCCACCUGAAGCUCUGAAAUGUGUGCCAGGCCUUUCUUUGCAAGACAUUCCUAAAAAGCCUAUACACAUUCCUAUAGAGGUUGGCGAUAUCAAUGGCGUAAAGGUUUUGCAGCAUGACCUUUUCACAAAUGAUGUCCUAUAUGCAGAAGUUGUAUUUAAUAUGAGCUCCCUGAAGCAGGAGCUUCUGCCUUUGGUACCGCUAUUCUGCCAGUCCCUGCUUGAGAUGGGUACAAAGGACAUGGAUUUUGUACAACUAAAUCAAUUAAUUGGAAGAAAAACUGGUGGGAUAUCUGUAUAUCCUCUUACAUCAUCAGUUCAUGGACGGGAGGACCCAUGCAGCCGUAUAAUUGUUCGAGGCAAAGCUAUGUCAGAACGUACUGAAGAUUUAUUUAACUUGGUCAACCGUGUGAUUCAAGAUGUUCAACUGACAGACCAAAAGCGUUUUAAGCAGUUUGUUUCUCAGAGCAAAGCCAGAAUGGAGAACCGUUUGAGGGGCAGUGGGCAUGGCAUUGCGGCUACAAGAAUGGAUGCCAAGCUCAACACUGCUGGUUGGAUCUCUGAACAAAUGGGUGGUCUCAGUUACCUUGAAUUUUUACAAGCUCUUGAAAAGAAAGUUGACAACGACUGGCCUGAAAUAUCUUCUUCCCUUGAGGAGAUACGAAAAACAUUGAUUUCGAAGAAUGAUUGCCUCAUAAAUCUGACUGCUGAUGCGAAUAAUCUCCAGAACUCGGAGAAAUAUGUCAGCAAAUUUGUAGAUAUGCUUCCCGAGACUCCUCCAGUUGGAUCAACUGCUUGGAGUGCUCGACUCCCUCUCAAGAACGAAGCUAUUGUGAUACCUACUCAGGUGAAUUACGUUGGAAAAGCAGCUAACCUUUUCGAGGCUGGCUAUCAACGUAAAGGCAGCUCAUAUGUCAUCUCUAAAUACUUGGGCAACACAUGGCUGUGGGAUCGUGUGCGUGUCAGUGGUGGAGCCUAUGGAGGAUUUUGUGAUUUCGACUCUCAUUCAGGUGUAUUCUCAUACUUGUCAUACAGAGAUCCCAACUUGUUGAAGACACUCGACAUUUAUGAUGGAACAAGCAACUUCUUGAGGGAACUUGAACUGGACGACGAUGCCCUCACUAAGGCAAUUAUUGGGACUAUUGGAGAUGUUGAUGCCUAUCAGCUACCCGAUGCCAAAGGAUAUAGCAGUUUACUGAGAUACUUGUUAGGAGUCACCGAGGAGGAAAGACAAAUUAGACGAGAAGAGAUUUUGUCGACAAGGUUGAGUGACUUCAAGGAAUUUGCUGACGUGGUUGAGACGGUUAAGGACAAAGGUGUCGUGGUUGCCGUGGCAUCGCCUGAGGAUGUCGAUGCAGCCAACAAGGCUCGUCCCGAUUUCUUCCAACUGAAAAAGGCACUCUAA